AUGGUUCCAAGACUCUCGCCUUCAAAGCUUGUUCUCAUCCAUGAUAUGAUAGAGAGCGAAUCCUUCACCGCGUCUGAAAUGGCCGAACAGGCUGAAUACAGCAAGCAGACCAUCAUCAGUAUCCGCAAUAACUUGCGACAACUUGGAAGCAUCUACGCACCCCAAACCCGACUAGGUCGGAAACGAAGUGUGACACCUUUGAUGAAUGAAGCCCUCUGUGAUCAUCUCUCUGAGAAACCCGGCCUCGACCUCGAAGAGAUGGUUGUAUUCCUAUAG